AUGGCAUCCACACAUACCAAUGGCGAGAGCAAUGCUCUUUCCCAACGACUCCGUCAGUGCCCCCCCGUGUCUCAUACCCAUUCCCCCAGUCUCCCAGCACCACAUUCCUUAUUGCCACAGUCCUACCGUGAACGGCUACUAAAUCCCGUAGAGAGUGCCAAAGGGCAACCCGAAAACCCUUACGCCAAACUCGUAUCCGAACAGCAGAUUGUCAUUGUCCCCUCCUUCACUCUCGAAUCCGGCGUCGUCCUCCAUAACGUCCCGAUCGCUUACACGACCCGCGGUCAACUCUCCGAAAAUAAAGACAAUGCCUUGGUCAUAUGUCAUGCCCUCAGUGGCAGCGCCGAUGUUGCAGAUUGGUGGGGACCAUUGAUGGGAGGACCGGGUCAAGCGUUUGAUGUCACCAGAUUCUUCGUGGUCUGCUUGAACAGCCUGGGAAGUCCCUAUGGUAGUGCCAGUCCGGUGACGAAUAAGGACGGGGAUCCCGGGUUGGGAAGAUAUGGCCCCGAGUUUCCUCUGACAACGAUAAGAGAUGAUGUGAACAUUCACAAGAUUGUCCUCGACGAUCUCGGUGUCCGGCAGAUCGCAUGUGUGGUCGGGGGUUCUAUGGGAGGGAUGCUGUGCCUCGAAUAUGCCUAUUUUGGCAAAGACUAUGUGCGAAGCAUAGCGCCGAUAGCCACAUCAGCUACUCACAGUGCCUGGGGAAUCAGUUGGGGUGAGGCACAACGUCAAGCCAUCUACUCCGAUCCCAAAUAUGAAGAUGGGUACUAUCCAUUCGACGACCCUCCCACCGCCGGCUUGGGGGCCGCUCGCAUGUCGGCCCUCCUCACAUACCGAAGUCGAGAUUCUUUCGAGGCUCGCUUUGGUCGAAGUACUCCUGAUUUGUCCCAAAAAGCCUCGACCAACCGAGCACGGGAAUCUCCCAACGGUGUACACAAUGAACACUGGACGAUCCAUAACGAUGGACAUAAGCGCGCCAGAGGUUCCCGCGAUUCGCGUCCUGCUUCCAGCAACGGAAUGAUCUCUGAAAAACCGACACCAUCAGAGUCGCCUUCCACAGCAACAUUCACCGACCCUCAGUUCAACGGAACGACGGAAUUUUCCAUUCCAAUUCCCGUAAUUACGGGGCCCACGUCCACACCCACCCGCCAUUAUUUCUCCGCCCAAUCCUACCUCCGGUAUCAGGGCACCAAGUUUGUCACCCGAUUUGAUGCCAACUGCUAUAUCGCCAUUACUCGCAAACUGGACACCCACGACGUAUCUCGGAAUCGUGCCGCGACCGUGAAGGAAGCUCUGUCGCAAAUCGAGCAGCCGACGUUGGUCCUGGGGAUUGAAUCCGAUGGUCUUUUCACCAUCGCCGAGCAAGAGGAACUCGCUGAAAACAUCCCCAAUGGUCGAUUAGGAAAGAUUGAUAGCCCGGAAGGACAUGAUGCCUUUUUAUUGCAGUUCGAGCAGGUGAACAGCUAUCUGUUGGCCUUUUUCCGGGAGUUUCUCCCGGACAUUAUGAACGCACCUGGCACUGGCGGGCUUGAAGGCCAAGAUGGCGAAAUUCAAGAUGGCGUGGGCAUAAUGACCAAGAGCAGUACCUUUGGGGAGGCAGAAGUCGGGGAUUUGACGGCCUGGUGA